AUGGAUAAAUAUGCGAGGAAUUAUUUAGCCGAAGGGAUCAAAAAUAAAGAUGAUAUUAUCGUUACGCCGGAAUCGGAAAUUUAUAAAAGUCUCAAUCAACAUUAUAAUCGUAAUAAUCAUAUUCAGCCACCGGAACGAUUAUCAUUGGUAAUACAAGAAACGCUACGUGAAUUUUUCUGUGCUGUACAAAGUGGACGUGAUGCAGAACCAUCCUGGAAGAAAACAAUUUAUAAAGUCAUUAAUCGAAUGGAUGAUCCAAUUCCGGAAUAUUUUAAAGAUCCUAAUUUUCUAGAACGUUUAGAAGGUUAA